AUGGCGCCCGCUUCGUCUCUUGUGCUGUUGCUCUCUUUAAUCCCUUAUUGCAAUGGUGCCGAUGAUUACGUCUUCGUUGGCGAUCUCGCAGCGCCAAUUCCGCGAUGGACAACAAGUGUGCAGAACCUGACUCAGCGUGUUACCAAGCCGUUAUGGACGUCCUCGAAGACUCGGAUAGGGUACUAA